GUCCGGCGGGGGCGCAGCGGAGAGAGGAGAGAGGAGGGCGCCGGGCUGCGGAGCGCGGAGCGGAGGGCGCGGGACUCUGCACGCCUCCCGCGGGCCCAUGUGAGCGCCAUGCGGCGCCGCGCAGCCCGGGGACCCGGCCCGCCGCCCCCAGGGUCCGGACUCCCGCCGCUGCCGCUGCUGCUGCUGCUGCUGCUGGCGCUAGGGACCCGCGGGGGCUGCGCCGCGCCCGCACCCGCGCCGCGCGCGGAGGACCUCAGCCUGGGAGUGGAGUGGCUAAGCAGGUUCGGUUACCUGCCCCCGGCUGACCCCACAACAGGGCAGCUGCAGACGCAAGAGGAGCUGUCGAAGGCCAUCACAGCCAUGCAGCAGUUUGGCGGCCUGGAGGCCACCGGCAUCCUGGACGAGGCCACCCUGGCCCUGAUGAAAACCCCACGCUGCUCCCUGCCAGACCUCCCUGUCCUGACCCAGGCUCGCAGGAGACGCCAGGCUCCAGCCCCAACCAAGUGGAACAAGAGGAACCUGUCGUGGAGGGUCCGGACAUUCCCACGGGACUCGCCACUGGGGCGCGACACGGUGCGCGCACUCAUGUACUACGCCCUCAAGGUCUGGAGCGACAUUGCACCCCUGAACUUCCACGAGGUGGCAGGCAGCGCCGCCGACAUCCAGAUCGACUUCUCCAGGGCCGACCACAACGACGGCUACCCCUUCGACGGCCCCGGCGGCACCGUGGCCCACGCCUUCUUCCCCGGCGACCACCACACCGCCGGGGACACCCACUUUGACGACGACGAGGCCUGGACCUUCCGCUCCUCCGAUGCCCACGGGAUGGACCUGUUUGCGGUGGCUGUCCACGAGUUUGGCCACGCCAUUGGGUUGAGCCAUGUGGCCGCCACGCACUCCAUCAUGCGGCCGUACUACCAGGGCCCGGUGGGUGACCCGCUGCGCUACGGGCUCCCCUACGAGGACAGGGUGCGCGUCUGGCAGCUGUACGGUGUGCGAGAGUCUGUGUCUCCCACGGCACAGCCCGAGGAGCCUCCCCUGCUGCCGGAGCCCCCACACAACCGUUCCAGCGUCCCGCCCAGGAAGGACGUGCCCCACAGAUGCAGCACUCACUUUGAUGCGGUGGCCCAGAUCCGGGGUGAAGCUUUCUUCUUCAAAGGCAAGUACUUCUGGCGUCUGACUCGGGACCGGCACCUGGUGUCCCUGCAGCCGGCACAGAUGCACCGCUUCUGGCGGGGCCUGCCGCUGCACCUGGACAGCGUGGACGCCGUGUACGAGCGCACCAGCGACCACAAGAUCGUCUUCUUUAAAGGAGACAGGUACUGGGUGUUCAAGGACAAUAACGUAGAGGAAGGAUACCCGCGCCCCGUCUCCGACUUCAGCCUCCCGCCUGGCGGCAUCGACGCUGCCUUCUCCUGGGCCCACAAUGACAGGACUUAUUUCUUUAAGGACCAGCUGUACUGGCUCCUGGCCAGCUCGGGCCUCAUUUGGGAGCUGCUGAAGUUCAAGGGAUGGAGCUCUCUGGGCUGGGAAGAUGCUGGAUAA